AAAAUCUUUGCGCCAAUGAAAGCCUACCCUUUCACGUCCUCCACCGCCACCACAAUGCGACAGAACUGCGGAGGAAGCCUUAUGUUUAACAUGUAUCUCUCAGACCCUACAGAAAAUCUUUUGAAGGAAAGUAAAGGCUCUUCUUGGACCCCCAUCAACACAGGAGUGCAAAAAGGAAGUGGACAAAUCCAGCUAUGGCAGUUUCUUCUGGAGCUGCUGUCUGACAGCGCCAAUAUGACCUGCAUCGCCUGGGAGGGCACCAAUGGAGAGUUUAAACUGAUAGACCCAGACGAGGUGGCCAGACGGUGGGGGGAACGCAAGAGUAAACCGAACAUGAACUAUGACAAACUGAGCCGAGCUCUGCGCUAUUACUACGACAAAAACAUCAUGACCAAGGUGCACGGAAAGCGUUACGCGUACAAAUUUGACUUUAACGGCCUGGCGCAAGUGUGCCAGCCCUCCUCAACCGAACAAGCUAUUUACAAAUUCCAGAGCAACUUCGCUCCCCUCCAGUUUUCAGGCAUUUCCAAACUCAGUCUGGUUGCUCCAGGUGCUGGUCCGUCGGGGUUCUCAUACUGGCCCGGAUCUCACCCGACCCUCUAUCACAGCCACAACCUGCAAGCCCCAGGACCCUUCGGUGCCGUGUCUGCGUCACAUAUAAGCUGCGUUAACAAUAUCAACAGUUUAAAUAACCUGAAUAAUAUCAAUAGUCAUUAUAACUGAUUGUUUUCAUUCGCCUCAGGAGUGCGCGCUGAUAGACUAAGGCUAAUAGGGCCUAUUCAAAAGCGCAACUGAUUUCAAAACAUUGUAGACUAAUAUUUCAAUCAUAACACAGAUACGAAAAAAAAAAAAAAAAAAAAACGAAAAGGCGCUUAUUCGGCUCAAUGGGUAAUUUGGAAAUAACAUUUGGUGGAUUGUUAAUGUUGAUCACUUUAAGAUAAGAAAGGAAUUUAGCGCCAUCUUAUGGAAAAUAGCAAUAUCACUGGUUAAUUCGACAUUAAAAUCAGCUGGUUUGUCGUAGACUGCAGAAUGGAACGCAAUGUUGGAGAAAAUUCUACAUGGUAUGAGAACAAAUGGUAAGAAGCAAAAUAGAAGAGUUGAGAUGCAAAAGCCCAAGUGCCAUCUGAAAUGUUCUUCUAAAAUGCUCAUUUUCUCAGGCUCUCAUGUGUAGGUUCAGUAAUUUCUCUUUAAUUGCAAUGGCUAGCAAUGGCAUGCAAUGUUAUUUUCAUUGUCAUUAAUGUGAAAUAAUUGAAUAUAGGAGACUGAGAAAAAUGCUCAUUUUAGAAGAAUAUUUCAGAUGGCACUUCGAGGCUUUUACAUGAUCUGAACUCUUCAAAUAUGUUCGCUACUACACUUUUGUAAUCGAGCAUAGUUAACACGUAUGUAAAGCGCUUUGAUAUUUCGUUAUUUAUUUAACGUCGACAUUGACUCGUGGACGGUGUCUGAAUAUUAGGCAUAGGGAUACAUUUUAAGAAAAAUAUGUCCUAAUAAACCCCUAAAUAUUUUUUUCGUAUGGUCCAUUUAAGCACGCAAA